UCCGAGUUGUGCUCGCAGUUGGCAAAGAAAGGACCUGUAGCAGCUUGCAAAGGAACGGAUUCUGAAUUGGCAAAUACUUCAGUAGACCAUGAUGCAAGCGAUCAAGCGAGUGACGAAAGCAAUGGCAGGAAGCGAAGGCGCGAGAAGAAAGACAAUGGCUGGACAGCUGGGGCAUUCGCAAUCAAGUAGCUUUGGGAAUGAUCUCCAUACGUCCUCAUCCUCGCUGGAGGCGGAUUCCGACCAGAUGGUCCACGCUAACGCGCAACGUUGGUUAGGGAUUGAUCUCGGUACUUCUUCUUGCCGGGUGGCCUUGUAUUGCGAUGGGAAAGUCCAGGUCAUACCGGACGUGUCCGGGAAACGCUCGAGACCAUCUGUUGUCGCAUUCACGGACAAGAAGCGUUUGAUGGGAGAACAAGCACAGAAACAAGUGCUGAAGAAGCCGGAGAACCUACUUUACGAGGUGAAACGCCUUAUCGGACGGGAUUACGGAUCGAUCAGUGAGGAGGAGAAGAAAUGGUGGUCGUUCACCGUCGUUAUAGGGGAACUCGGCGAGGCGUUGCUGGAGGUGAAGACUGAAGUGUUAUCCUCUUUGAUGAGCAACCGUGGGCACCAUGUCAGGGGAAGAAAUAAAAGGCAGCUGCCGCAGAAAGAGGUCUCUAAUUUGGAAAGGCAGGAAACGGGGGCUUGUACGCAGGAUGACGGCAAGAGGCGCCUGGCGCCCGAGCAGGUUCUAGGGAUGUUUCUAGCGAAGAUGAAGAGUGAUGCCGAGACAUUUUUCAACUGCAAAGAGCUGGACGCGGCAGUCAUUACCGUUCCGGCACUCUACUGCUCUAGGCAGCGAUCAGCGACCAAAAUGGCGGCCGAGAUCGCAGGUUUUAAAAACGUACAACUAGUCAGUGAGUCGACGGCGGCAGCCCUGUGCUACGCCCAGCGCACGGGAUUAAUCUCCUUGGCCUCCCACGGUGUUACUCCUGAAGCACCAACUCAACGCGGCACAAAGAUGCUUGUGUUUGCGCUGGGCGGAGGAAGCUUUGAAGUUGCCCUAGUUACGAUCAGCGGCGGCCUGCUCACCAUCGACUCAGUGGAAGGCAAUCCAGGACUUGGGGGCAUGGACUUCGACCACAAGAUAAUGGAGCUGAUUCUCGGUGGCGGGCCAGAGCCGUCUCGUCAAGAUCCCGCUAUGAGAGGCAACAACUUGCAGGGGCUGAAGACAGCGAGCGAAAAAGCGAAGAUGGAUCUGUCUUUGUUUAACGACGCGCAGGUUGAGGUUGAGAGCUUUUCCGGCGAUGAUGUUUGUAAGGUGAUCAUCCGCCGCCUUGAUUUUGAUGAAAAGUCUAAGAGUUUGCUGGCGCAGUGCAUGAUAUGUGUCCAAGGAGUCUUAGAGGAAACCGGCACUCGGAUUUCCGAUGUGAAGGAAGUUGUGUUGGUGGGUGGGUCGGCACGAAUUGCCAGCGUCAUUGAAAUGCUAGGGAAUUACUUUGGCGGGGAGCCAAAGUCUCACCCUUAUCAAGACGAAGCCGUUGUGCGCGGCGCAGCGCUGUUUGCUGAUUACAGUCAUCAGAUUGAAGAGAGACAUCCCUUGCACGUCGCGUAUUACAACAGAAGAGACGGGAGUUACCGCCCUCUCAGACAGUGCAAGAGGUCGGCUCGCUACAAUUUGCCAGCUCUCGAUUUUUGGUGGAAAGAUUCAAGUUGUCAGCUGUGUCUAUAUCUAUUCGAGUGGAGAAAAGAUUAUAAAGAUUAUAUAUCAGCUGGCAAAAUAGUGCUGCAGGCAGAGCAGUAUAGCGUUCUCCCGAAGCUCUGGAUAGACCGAUGCGGGAUUCUAUGCCUUGACCAGCGACAGGCGUCAGUGGAUGCUGUGCUCCACAAAGCAUGGCAGCCAUCCGCGGAGGUGGUCGACAAUUGGAAGCACUUCGCAGAGGAGCUGGCUAUGUACGACAAAAGAGUCGCAGAGAUGGGCAGCGCAAGGAACGAAUGGAUGAGUUAUAUAAACGAAGUCGACAAGCGAGAGUCGUCAUGCCCACGCUGGCUGUGGAGCACUAUGUCAGAAUGGAAGCAUGACAUCGAGCGAUGGUUUUGCAAUGAGGCGGCAGUUGGCGGGAACGACAUGGAGCAAUUUGCCGCUCAGUUUAAGGACUUCAGAGGGGCUUGCCAAUUUGCGUUCGGAAAUCUGUGGGAAAGAUCGCUAUUGGGAAGGAACUUCUUAGUGGUGGACUGCUGGGAGUCCAAAGAUGUUGACCUCUGCCUUGAGAAUCUGAAGAACAGGAAGCCAGAUCUUGGUAACGUGGUCGUCUCCAUGCCGGUCAGGGAGCUUUGGAAGAUCAAGUAUCCGAACGCACAAAUGCGAGGUAUCAGUUUCGCGGCAGAUUCCUUUUCCUCUGGUGCUCAUGUGGACAUCGUCAUUGAGAGCGAGAUCCCUUACGUGGUACUUUCAGCAGGUCCUGUGCGAUCGGACGAUCGUGGACGUCUCUCGUCGCAGUCGAACAAGGUCCUUGGCGAGCAGGUGUCGAAAGCUGUGCAAGCCGGUCUUCGGGUCGUGUUGCGCGUUGGACGAGGUGAUUCCCGGGACAGGCAAAACAGUAAUCUGUCUUCUGAACUUGACGAGGAUAAGCGUUACUGUGAAGAGCAACUCAGGGAUGUCGUCGGUCCGAUUGCCCCCGAUUGGCGAAACAUAGUUAUCGCUUAUGGGCCUCCACGGCAUGUGUCUUGUACGUCGCUAUAUCCCAAGGUCUCUGCUGUGCUGCCUCAGAGUCAUGUUCUCGAUACGGUUCAACACAUAAAAAAGGUGAUCGAGGAGUUGGUGAAUACCGAAGCGGCUGACACGACGCGCAUCCUUAUUGGCGGAUCUGUAGCAUUCGAGAUGUGGGAUGCCCUCAUCAAGCAGGACGAGAUUGACGGUUUUCUUUUUGAUGGGGGGUUCCGAGACCCCCUCCUCGUCGACAAACUCGACCAUCGUCAUCAAGAGAGGACGGGCAAAGUCUUGCUUUGCCGCGUGGCAGACGGAAAUGCCACUCUGCACCAGCAUACUAUAGAGCGGGUCAGCAGGGACCUGAUUGCUGGAGAAGAGGUGGUCUGGAUAACUAUGGAGAACGUCGUCAUUGAAUAUCAAGAAGUCGAUGGCGAGGACGCUGUUGGCUUCGCUGCGAUGCCUCCGGUGGAAGGUGCUAUUAUCAAAGACGAUUCCCCUAUUAUCAAAGACGAUUCCCGAAAGGAAAACGACCGGCGUAAGGUGAAGAUCAUCAUUAUUUCUGACGGUCACAAUAGAGAGGAGCUAGAAGCGGUCAUAAAGAAGCAGCUUUUAACGUGGAGAAAGGAGCUGAAGCGAGCCGAUCGUGAAGGAGAGGGGGUUGUUGUCGAGUACAGGCCUGCGCUAAGUCUGCACACGCCAUGUAAUCUUUGCGCGGACGUCGAGACGGCUCACGCCCGCAUCAGAAGGUGGAUUUUGACGAACAUCAGCCCCGACAUGGCACAAGCGGUGCGUAUCGUUUGUUUCCUUGACGAGCUGCCACCAGAAACACACAGCGAAAUCACGAAGCAACCCAACGUGGACGGUGUUAGCCUGCGAAUCGACUUGCCUGGAAAUUCGCUACCUAACACAGUACAGAACGCCGAGUGCGGAAUUGCAGAUACAAACAGGGCGAGUAACGAUUGGAAGAAGUACAUCACCGAAGUGAACAAGCGAAGGUUUUCAUGCCCUCGCUGGCUGUUGAAUAUCAUAUCGGAAAUGGAGGGUGACAUGGAGGGAUGCCUUGGCAACAAGGGGGUCGAGAUCGACCAGUUUUUGGCGCGGUUUCGCGCCUUCCAAAGGGCGUGCGAAUAUGCCUUUGGACACUUGUGGGUGAGAUCAUUGUCGGAAAGGAGGGUCUUAGUGGUCGACUGCUGGGAAUCAAACGAUGUGGACGAGUGCUUGAAGAAUCUUCGGUUGAACCAAAGUCGAGAUUCCUUUGACUUGGUCGUCUGCAUGCCGCUCAAGGAUCCUCGCAAGGCAAAGGGAAUUAUGGCAGACAUCGAGCGAAUCGAAUUUGCGGCACCCGGACUUUCUCCGGGAGUCAUUUGCUAUUCUGCAACGAAUAGAGAUAUUUCCUGCGUUCUGCUCGAGGCAGAGCCACCCGAUUCUGGCUGGAACGGGAUGGUUCGUGAGCAAGUUUUACUAGCUGUGCGAGCUGGUCAUCGGGUUGUACUGCGGCUUAGAAGAGACGAUGCUCAAGACGAGACUUAUGAGCUGGGGGAGGAGAAGCGUCGAUGCGAAGCGCAAAUUAGGGACGUCGUCGGUCGGAUUGGACAGGAAUGGCAAAAGAUAGUUAUCGCUUACGUGCCUCCACCGCUGGAGAGAGGCGUAGCUCCACUGCAUCACCUAGUAGAUAUUGCUCGGCACAUACGAAAGGUGAUUAGGAGCUUGGCAAACGAAGCGGCCGACGGGACGUGUGUCCUUAUCGGCGGAUGCACUACGCCGGAGAUGUGGGAUGCCGUCAUCAGGCAGAAUGAGAUUGACGGCUUUCUUUGCGAAGGCGGGUUCCGAGACCCUCAACUGGUCGCCAAACUCGAUCAGCCCUGUCGGGAGAGAAAGGGUAAGGUCUUACUGGUCUCCACCGAAAGCGGAGAUGCCAAUCUCGCCAGCCAUAACAUAGAGUGGCUACGUGAAGUCAGCAGGGAGCUGAUGCCUGGAGAAGAGGUCGUCUUGAUAACCGUCAAGUAUGGGGGAACUGAAAAUUCAAGAGCGGUUGCCGACGAAGGGCAUGGCUCCGUUGAUAAGUCAGGGAAGGAGGGAACUGUCAUUGAAGGCGACUUCCGGAAGGGAAUUAGCCGGCGUAAGGUGAAGAUCAUCCCCAUUUUUUCUGACGGCCACCUUAGAGACAAACUAGCAGACAGCAUAGUGAAGCAGCUUUCAGGUUGGCGCGAGGAGCUGAAACGAACUAAUAUCGACGAGCAUUUUAUUGUCGAGUACAGGCCUGCGCUAAGUGAGAACAAACAUGACGAUCUUUGUUCCGCCAUCGAGACAGCUCACUCCCGCAUCAGAGGUUGGAUACUGACAGAAAUCAGCUCCCAGAUGGCAGAAGCGGUGCGUAUCGUUUGCCACCUUGACAAGCUGCCGCCAGAAGUGCACAGGGAAAUCACUAAGCAACCCAACGUGGACGGCAUAGCUCUGCGACUUGAAUUGGCGGGAAGUUUGCGAGUGAAUGGACCGCAGCUUGCCGAGCGGAGCCCAACGAAACAAUGGAGCAUGUACAUAGACGAGGUGGAGAAGCAAGAAUCUUCAUGCCCGCCCUGGCUGUGGAGUAUUGUGUCGGAAUGGAAGCGUGACAUCAAACAAUGGCUUGCAAAUGGGGUGGAAGGUGGUUGUAUCGGGAUCCCGGAAUCCGCAAGGCGGCUUAGCGAAUUCCGAAGGGCGUGCGAAAAUGCAUUCGGCUCCAUGUGGGCGAGAUCGAUGUCGGGAAGGAAGUUCUUGGUGGUCGACUGCUGGGAGGCCAUCGAUAUUGACCAAUGCUUGCAGAAUCUUCUGGCGAGCCGGGGCCGGGAUUUCUGCGACGUGGUAAUCUCCAUCCCGCUCAAGGAGCUUCGCAAGACGAAGGAGCGUAUCGCAAAACUAGAGGGAAUCCAACUAGCGGCACCGUGCCUUUCGCCCAGGGCCAUUUUCAAGACCUUGUCAAAGAGUGGGAUUCCUUACGUCCUGCUCGAGGCAGGACCGGCCGUAAUGGGUUCUGGCGAUCCGAAGCAGCUGUGCUCGGCGUUAAACAAGAUUGUCGGCGAACAGGUGUCAGUAGCUGUGAAAGCUGGUCUUCAGGUGGUGUUGCGCCUUGGACGAGAUAACAGUGAUGAUUUAGAAGACAGUAGUGAACCUUUCGAACUCAGUCUGGAGGAGGAGAAGAGCCAUUGCGAAGCGCAACUCAGGGACAUUGUCAGUCGCAUUGGCAAGGAUGUCGGAAACAUAGCUAUUGCUUAUCUGCCUCCACCUUUGGCAGCCGAAGCAGCGACCGAAGCAGCAACCGAAGCAGCAACCGAAGCGAAGGCAAUGAGGUUGCCGCAGUGUCAUGUUGUUGAAACGGCUCGGCACAUGAGACAUGUGAUUAAGGAGUUGGUGGGUGCUGAAGUGGCCAACGCAACUCGCAUCCUUACGGGCGGAUGCAGGAAGAUGGAGGUGGACACCUGGGAUGCCCUCAUACAUCCGCAGCAUAAAAUAGACGGCUUUCUUUUCCAGGCGGGGCUCCGAGACCCUCUCCUAUUCGACAAACUCCUCCGUGAAGCGGGGCCAAGCACAAAGAUUCGCCAGGAAAGAAAGGGCAAAGUGUUGGUUUGUGGAGGGCAAGACGACAAUCUGACCUUUAGUGAGUAUGACGUGAUCUGGCUGAGCACCAUCACAGAGAAGUUGAUGGGCGAAGAAGACGUCGUCUGGAUAACGGCCAAGUAUGUACCAACGUUGGCGAUGAGUUCAGAAAACAACAUGAUUAGAGAAAUCCACGGCUCGUACGCACUGCAUUUGAAGGAGGGUCAUGUCAUGACUGACUACCGCAGAGACGUCGAAGACACGUGCAAGGUAAAAAUCGUCCCCAUUUUCGGGUCACACAACAAAAACCGUGGAACUGAACAAGCAGAGUCGCUAUCCACGCAGCUGUCUGCAUUGAGGGGGAAGCUGGCGGGAGGAGCUGACAGUGCAGAAUGGGCACAACUUCUUCUUGAGUACAGGCCUGGAGAUGGUGUGAGCAGCGAGCAUUCUCUUAUCGAGGAUGUGGAGAGAGCGCAUGUCCUCAUGAGAAGAUGGGUUUUGUCCAACCUCGGCUCAGUGGCAGUACAGGAGGUACGCAUUGUAUGCUUCCUUGAAGAGGGACUGGCGUCCGACACGCGUCGACAAGUCGCUCAACUGCCCAAUGUAGAUGGGGUAAGCCUGCGGCUUUCCGAUCGGCAAACAAUCAGUCGGGCCGGUCUUGCGGCCUAGAUGCAGAGUGGAUUGCUCUCUUUCGCGUUUUUUUUGUCGUUUCAAAUUUGAAUUAAGGGACCUACAUUUUUUUCUUCUAUUUUGUGUCCCAUGGACCACAGAUCAGAUACUAAACUGUUUUUUUUCUCGUUUCAAAUUUGAAUUAAGGGACGUUCAUUUUUUCCUUCUUUUUUGUGUCCCAUGGACCACAGAUCAGAUACUAAACUGUUCAGAACAGAUUAACCAAAAGGCCGAGAAAGGGGUUCUCGUACCCUGGCAUUACAUGUAAUGAAGAUUGAUGCAGAGA